CUUCGGAACCGUUCUGACGCAACCGGUCCGACACCAGGCCGCCAUGAAGAAGAAGUAGACACCGUCUUUUUCCCCGGGACUGGGUCUUUUUUCUCCUCCCGUGAACGGAACCGGACUCUAAUGGAUUACAACAACCCAGAUGAAAGAUCUCCCGCCGCGUCCAGUCACUAACAGGCGGGUCGAGCUCGGCGAGCGAACCGGUUCCGUCCUCCUGACCCCGCAGGAUCCGAUUCGGCAGUCGAGGAGGAUUCCGAUCCGCAUGAUCAACAUGUUGACGGCGCACACCGGACACUUGCUCCACCCGGAAUAUUUACAACCGUUAACGCCGGCGCCUAUCAGCAUCGAGCUGGACGCCAAGAAGAGUCCGCUGGCCCUUCUCGCUCAGACCUGCUCUCAGAUCGGAAAGUCCGAUUCCCCGUCCUCCUCCAAGCACAAAGAGAAGGACGCCGGGGGUCGCUCGUCUCUCUCCAGCUUGAAACUGGGAGAACAGCGCCCCCUCUCGGAGGACAAGUCCGGCUUCAAGCCUUACCUCAAAGGCGGGGGCGGCGGCGGGGGCGGCGGCGGGGGCGGCGGGGACAGAGACCGUGUGAGCGGCGGCUUGGAAAAGGGAGGAUUCAGGGUUGUCAGCAAUAACGGGAAUACCGCUCCCCACUCCUCCUCCCCCAGCCCCGCAGCCGGCAGAGCAACCCCAUCAAACAGUCCGGUGGCGAGGACGCCCCAGGCGCGCGCCCACACGCCGAGCAGCGGUUGCGACCCGGACAGCCCGGGCGGAGGCAAAAAAGACGCGGAGGCGAGCAAGUCGCCCCCGGAGGGUCCGCACCUGGCCAACUCCAGCCGCGCUCGGGCCAGCGCCAACUGCAGCACCGGCAGCUCGGACGGCGGCUCCGUGGUCGACAAGCCGGAGUCGGUGCCCGUUUCUCCUUACAAGGCGCUUUACCCGCUUACCUCGUCCAAUUUGGGCUACCACGGGUCCGUGGCUGGGGCGUACGCGAGCUACCCGCCCUCGUUGGUUCCCGGUUUGGACAAGUCUGGCCUGGGAAGUAUGGGCGUCCCUGGGAAGCAUCCGAGCUCCAGCCCUCUCACGAGGGCCUCCCCGCCCUCCUUCAUGCAGGGUCUAUGCCGGGACCCCUACUGUCUCAGCUACCACUCCUGCAUCCACGAGUCCUCCGCCCUCAAGUCCGGUUUCCCCUUGGUGUAUCCCACCCACCCGCUGCACCCCCUACACCACGGCGGAGCGUCCGCCCUCGCCCACCCUUUGUACUCGUACGGCUACAUGCUGCCCAACGACCCGCUUCCCCACGCCUGCAACUGGGUCUCGGCCGGGGGUCCCUGCGACAAACGCUUCGCCAUGUCGGACGAGCUCCUGGCUCACCUGCGCAUGCACACGACGGCCACUGCGGACAUGGACGCCAAGAUGCUGGCCGUCUCGUCGUCGGGACCUUCUCCCUGCCACCUGCACCUCCCCCACAUGAGCGGGCCGGGCUCCUUGCUCAGAGUGCCGCCGGGCCUGGGACUAGCCCGCUACCACCCCUACAGCAAGGUCCAUUUCCCGCCCGGACCCACCUCCGUGUCGCUGCACUCUCUGCCCGCCACCAGCCCGUACUACCCGCAUUACGCCUUCUACAACCAAAGACUCGGAUCCGCCUCCGCCCUGGGCUACCAAUGACACCAGAGUCCUUCUAAAGACUUCCUCCGAGGGACCAGUUUUGGAUGAAUGUUCUUAUCUCUCCAUGGCCUUGCGCUCUUUUUCACUACCGAGGAAUCUUGCAGCUUUACUUAAAAAAACCCGACAAAUCUGGGAAUUUCUGCCUAAGGAAAUGAAAGUUUACAUUUGCAGUCGGCCAAAAACAUCUCUGUGACUUGACUGUAAUGACCAAAAGCGAAAAUAAAAUGUUGUAUUCGCACUUUUA